UCUCUAGACCGUGACUGCGAAGAAGAAAAACUGCCCCACAACACCGCGGAGCUCGCCAACCGCGGGAGGGAUCCUGCCCUCGCGCCGCACGAACAUCCCCGAUAAUCUUCGGCUCUUUCCGGCCUCUCUGGGUGCUUCGGGCGGCCUCGGCAUCUGCUCGCUUAGCUUCGGUUGUAUCCGAGUUCGGCUCGCAGCUGUUGAACCGGCAACGCGCGGCGGCGCUGCGGCCCAGCAAAGAUUUCAGCCCUGACCGGGUCUGAGUUUCAUCAUGGCCCUCUAUUUUGACCACCGCAUAGAUGCCCCAGACUCAGUUGGAUCUCCCUCUCACAUUACUUGGCACCCUGUUCACCCAUUCCUGGCAGUCGCUUCUGUCAGCACGACCUCGGGUGGCAGUGUGGAUAUAUACCUGGAGCAGCUUGGUGUCCUGUUUUUAUGGAGGUUGGACCAAAGGGGUCGCAUCCAGGGGGCACCCCUACUGAAGCACGAGUAUGGGAAACACCUGACUCACUGCAUCUUCCGGCUCCCCCCUCCCAGCCAGGACCUUGUUCAGUUGGCAAAGGCGGCUGUGAGUGGUGACGAGAAGGCCCUGGACAUGUUUAACUGGAGGAAAAGUGGCUUUGGAAGUUUCCUGAAAAUGAGAUCUCAGGACGACCUCUCAUUCUUUGUCAGCCUGACGGACGGGACUGUGCACUACAUGGACGAGAAAGGCAAGACGGCCCAGGUGGCGUCGACCGACAGCUCUGUCCAGAUGCUGUUCUACAUGGAGAAGGGAGAGGCGCUGGCGGCAGUCACAGAGAGCCUGCUGCUGUGCCUGUACAUGGUGACACCCGACGGCAAGGCCGAGGAGAUGAUGAAGGUGAAGUUGAGUGGGAAGACUGGUCGCUGGGUAGACAUCGCUUUGAUCGAAGGCAGCCUUCUCGUGACCGCUGUAGGGGAGGCGGUCCUCAGGUUCUGGGAUUUAGAAAGAGGAGAGAAUUACAUACUGAGUCCAGAGGAGAAGUUUGGUUUUGAAAAAGGAGAGAAUAUAAACUGUGUUUCUUACUGUAAAGUCAAAGGUCUUCUGGCAGCAGGUACUGAUAAAGGACGAGUGGCCAUGUGGAGAAAAGUGCCCGGUGCCCAGAGUGGUGGAGGGGUGGAGGGCAAGGACAGGUGGACCCUUCAGACCCCCACGGAGCUUGAAGGAAACAUCACACAGAUAAAGUGGGGCUCCAGGAAGAACCUUCUAGCAGUGAAGAGCGUCAGCUCCGUGGUGAUCCUCAGCGAGCAGGCCAUGUGCUCACACUUCCACCAGCAGGUGGCCGUGGUGCAGGUUUCCCCGAGCUUACUCAGCGUGUCCUUUCUGUCCACGGGGGUGGUGCACAGCCUGCGCACAGACAUGCACAUCAGCGGAGUAUUCACCACCAAGGAUGCAGUUGCCGUCUGGAAUGGAAAACAAGUGAUGAUCUUUGAGCCUUCCGGAGCCACGUUACGAAGUGCAGGUACCUUCCUGUGUGAGUCACCCGUGUUAGCCAUGCACAAAGAGAGCGUUUAUACAGUGGAGCCAAACCGAGUUCAAGUUCGAACCUGGCAGGGGACUGUGAAACAACUCCUGCUGUUCUCCAAGAUGGAGGGAAACCCAUGCUUCUUUGACAUCUGUGGAAAUUUCCUGGUUGUAGGGACAGACUUGGCUCACUUUAAAAGCUUUGAUCUUUCCCGAAGAGAGGCGAAGGCGCACUGCAGCUGCAAGAGCCUGGCCGAGCUGGUUCCAGGCGCGGGCGGCAUGAUGUCGCUCAGGGGCAACGCCAGCGGCAGCAAGAUCAGCAUCCUCCUCAGCAAGGCUGACAACAGCCCCGAUUCCAGAAUCUGCUUCUACGACGUGGAAAUGGACACGGUGACCAUCCUUGACUUCAAGACGGGACAGAUUGAUCAGAGAGAGAUGUUGCCCUUUAAUGGGCAGGAGACUAAGAAGAGCCAGGCCCUCGCAGAUGAGAGGCUGACAGAUCUGGUUCCCAUGAGCCACUUCUGGGACCAGAGCGAGCCCACGCUGUUCGUGUGCGAAGCCAUGUGUGAGGUGCCAGGCUCCCAACCACAGCCCGCAGACAGGAAGUCCGUGGCCCAGGACGGCUCAGGCCCCACGGCAGACGUGUUGGUCUUAUCCUUCUUCAUCUCUGAAGAGCACGGCUUCCUGUUGCAAGACAGCUUCCCCCGGCCUCCUGCCUUCCAGACACUCCUGGGACUCCAAGUGCCCCACUAUUACUUCACAAGAAAGCCUGGAGAAGUGGAUGGAGAGGACCAGGAGGAUCCUGGGUCCCACCGCAUCCCCCAGACGGUGGGCAAGAGGCCCCUGCGGUACUUUGUGGGGCUAGAGGACUGUGACAAGCCCACGCGAGACACCAUGCUCCGCUUCAGCUUCUUCCUCGCUGCCGGGGACACGGACGAAGCCUUCAGGUCCAUCAGGCUCAUCAAAAGUGAGGCCGUCUGGGAGAAAAUGGCGCGCAUGUGUGUGAAGACCCAGCGGCUGGACAUUGCGAAGGUGUGCCUGGGGCACAUGGGCCACGCUCGCGGAGCCCGAGCGCUGCGGGAAGCCGAGCAGGAGCCAGAGCUGGAGGCCAGAGUGGCCAUGCUGGCCAUACAGCUGGGCAUGCUGGAGGAUGCAGAGCAGCUAUACAAGAAAUGCGGGCGCUAUGACCUCCUCAACAGGCUCCACCAGGCCUCUGGCCAGUGGCAGAAAGCCAUCGAGGUCGCCGAGCUCCACGACCGCGUGCACCUGCGCACCACCUACUACAACUACGCCAAGCACCUGGAGGCCAGCGAUGACUGCAGCCUGGCCCUCAGCUACUACGAGAAGUCGGACACCCACCGUUUCGAGGUGCCCCGGAUGCUGGCGGAGGACCUGCGGUCCCUGGAACUCUACAUCAAUAAGAUGAAGGACAAGACCCUGUGGCAGUGGUGGGCCCAGUAUCUGGAGAGCCAGGCUGAGAUGGAUGCCGCGCUGCGCUACUACGAACUGGCUCAGGACUACUUCUCCCUGGUCCGCGUUUACUGCUUCCAGGGCAACAUCCAGAAGGCUGCUGAGAUAGCCAGCGAGACUGGGAACUGGGCCGCCUCGUACCACCUGGCCCGCCACUACGAGAACCAGGAAGACGUGCGGAAGGCUGUGCACUUCUACACGCGUGCACGGGCCUUCAACAACGCCAUCCGCCUCUGCAAGGAGCACGGCCUGGACGACCAGCUCAUGAACGUAGCCCUGCUGAGCUCCCCCGAGGACAUGAUCGAGGCCGCGCGCUACUAUGAGGAGAAGGGCGAGCAGAUGGACAGGGCAGUGAUGCUGUACCACAAGGCCGGCCACUUCUCCGAGGCCCUGGAGCUGGCCUUCGCCACCCAGCAGUUUGCGGCCUUGCAGCUGGUAGCGGAGGACCUGGAUGAAAAGUCAGACCCCGCCCUCCUGGCCCGCUGCUCCGACUUCUUCCUGGAGCACAGUCAGUACGAGAAAGCAGUGGAGCUGCUGCUGGCUGCCAAGAAGUAUCAUGAAGCCCUGCAGCUCUGCCUGGAGCAGAACUUGACUAUCACCGAGGAGAUGGCCGAAAAGAUGACCGUGUCCAAGGAUUGCAAGGACCUGUCUGAAGAGUCGCGGCGGGAGCUACUGGAGCAGAUCGCGGCCUGCUGCAUGCGCCAGGGCAACUACCACCUGGCCACCAAGAAGUACAUGCAGGCCGGGGACAGGGUGAAGGCCAUGAGAGCGCUGCUCAAGUCUGGGGACACGGAGAAAAUCGUGUUCUUUGCGGGUGUCUCGAGGCAAAAGGAAAUCUACAUCAUGGCAGCCAACUACCUGCAGUCCCUGGACUGGCGGAAGGACCCGGAGAUCAUGAAGAACAUCAUCAGCUUCUACACCAAGGGCCGGGCCCUGGACCUCCUGGCUGGCUUCUACGAUUCCUGCGCCCAGGUGGAGAUAGACGAGUACCAGAACUACGACAAAGCCCACGGGGCGCUGACUGAGGCCUACAAGUGCUUGUCCAAGGCCAAGGCCAGGAGCCCGCUGGACCAGGAGGCCAGGCUGGUGCAGCUGCAGAGCAGGAUGACGCUGGUGAAGCGCUUCACGCAGGCCCGCAGGAUGUACACUGAGGACCCUAAGGAGUCAGUCAAGCAGUGCGAGCUGCUCCUGGAGGAGCCAGACCUGGACAGCACUGUCCGCGUGGGGGAUGUGUACGGCUUCCUGGUGGAGCGCCACAUGCAGAUGGGGGAGCUGCAGAUGGCCUACAAGUACCUGGAGGAGAUGCGGAGGAAACUUCCCUCCACCAACAUGUCGUACUAUGUGAGCCAGCAGACCGUGGACGCUGUGCAUCAGGGCCUGGGCAUCCCUCUGACGCGCGCUGUGCCCGCAAGGACCCGCCACCACAGCAUGGAGGACCACAAGGAGAUGGAUGAGGAGGUGACAGAGGAGGUGAACGGCCCCUGAGGGCUCAGCCUGCUGCUGCCGGAGCUCUUCCGGUACCUCCCCACCAUCCCAGGAGCAAGAACCUGACUUUCUUGUUUAAAGAAGUUUCUGAAGUGUCCAAGUCCAUGGGCAGAGCUGUGGAAGACACACUGGCCUGCCGAGGAGAGCGGGAAUGUGUCUCUAAGCCACCACCUCUGUGAUUCUGGCCCCUGCAGGUUUUUGUUGAAGUUGAUUCAGGUUUUUGUUGAAGUUGAUUCAUUUUCCCGUUACAUUUCCCAGAGUGCAGAUCGUGAAGCCUGAGAAACUUCCAGAGCUUCAUAAACUAAGGACAUCAAUGUGUUCUCCGCCGCUCAUCCCAGCAUCCACGUGGGCUGCCUGGCAGCGUGUCUGACCACAGGGCCAGGCCGUGUCGCCAGCUCCCACUGUGAGGGACUGUCGGGGCUGCAUCGUGACUAGGGGUGCUCACUCUCCCACCCCCUGCGCUGUCCACCAGCUGCCGACAUUCUCCAAAUAAAGCCUGUUUUCUCA